AAACUAUUGAUGGCCAUGUUUCUAACCUUUUUUUUUUCAUGUUGUUUGACUAUUUGUUCUGUAGUAUUAAUUUAACUAAGACUUUAAAAGUCUUUUUUUUUUUUUUUUUUUUUUUUCCUUUUUAAUAUUGAGAUAUUUCUCCAUCCCCUCUGUUCAUGAGAGCCCCAAAGUCUUACAACUCAGGCUAUUCAUUUGAUUUUUACUGUAUGCUUUUUUGGUUGUUUUUCUUUUUGUUUUCUUUUAAUUCAGUUUUAUUCAAUUAAAGUAGGCUUUGGACUUUGGGAGUCUAAAAUUAUCAUGUGCCAGUUUGUGAAUACUGAGAAUUUGGUUGUUCCAAAUUUCUUUGGCUUUUCUUGAAUCACCCUUGAUUGUUGCAGAAGAGCUGCUGUGAUGUGUUGAUCUCAGCAUCUCAACCUCCUUUUAUGACAUCAAGGCAUUUGUGGGAUGCUCCAGUGAUCUGACAGUUUUUUUUUUUUUUUGGUGUUUGGGGAUUCCUAGGAAACAUGGGCGGCUGUGUUUCAAACCCAACCAAGAAGAUCAAAUCACACAGAGUGCCCUUCCCAAAGUGUCGAAGGUUUCGCAGGAAGAGGCCUUGCAGUGUGUCUGUUGCACCAAUAGAACAGUUUUCUGGUGUGGGGAAUUACGGGAGAGAUUUCGAUGCAGAUGAGUUUGUCUCGAUCGAGAAUGAAGAAUGGAUGGUGACAAACCGGAGACGAGCUAACCUCAGCCAACUUGAUUCUAGCGGGGUAUGUCAAGAGGAAGCCUGGUUCGAUUCGAAUAGUUUCCUCGAGUCUGAUUCAGAUGAAGACUAUUGCAGUGUUCAUGGAGACUUUUGUCUUUCGUUGGGCAACACAGCCGGGAGUGUAUUAGCAAACCAAAUGGCUAUGUGCGAGGGCGAUAGAAUCACUGAACUUUGUACAUCUAAAAGAUUGUUGUGUCGUCCAAGGGCAGGACAGAUCAUUCCAUGUUCCAAGGACGAGAAACUAGGUCAAGGGAGUUGGAUUCCGGUUUCGCCUUCUGUCUUUAAGCUCCGGGGAGAGACUUAUUUCAGAGAUAAGAGGAAAAGUCCUGCGCCCAACUGUUGCCCUUAUGUUCCUUUCGGUGUUGAUCUAUUCGCUUGCUCCAAGAAGAUAUCUCACAUUGCUCAGCAUCUUCAAUUGCCUACUGUAGAGCCACAUGAUAAACUUCCACCGCUUCUCAUCAUUAAUAUACAGCUACCAACAUAUCCCGCUUCCCUGUUCCUUGGAGACGGGGAUGGGGAAGGAACGAGCCUCGUAUUGUAUUUCCAAUUAUCAGAGAACUUCGAUAAAGAGACUUCGCCACAAUUUCAAGACAGCAUAAAGAGACUUGUGAUGGAUGAGGUGGAAACCGUCAAGGGUUUUGCAAAAGAAUCAGCGGUGCCAUACCGGGAGAGACUAAAAAUUUUGGUCGGGGUCGUGAAUCAUGAAGAACUCCGCUUGAAUUCUGCAGAGAAAAAGCUUUUGCAUGCCUACAACAAUAAGCCAGUACUUUCACGUCCCCAGCACGCUUUCUAUAAGGGUCCAAACUAUUUUGAAAUCGACCUGGAUGUUCAUCAUUUCAGCUACAUUUCUCGGAAAGGGCUUGAUGCAUUCCGGGAGAGGUUGAAACACGGGAUACUUGACUUAGGAUUAACAAUCCAGGCUCAGAAGGCGGAGGAACUGCCAGAGAAAGUUGUGUGCAACAUUCGACUGAACAAGAUUGAUUUUGUAAAUCAUGGGCAGAUACCUCAAUUUGUAAUACCUGUAUAACUUCAACUCAGAUCAGGUGGAAGAGAAUUUAGGGUUUAUUAUUGAAUUCUUAAGCCACAAGAAAUUUCUUGAUCAGUUGUGGAAUUCCAGAUGUGGUGGUCUAUUGGAGAUGAUGAUUAAUAAGAUGAUUAUAUUGUUUAGCCCAAUUCUGCAAUGCAAUUAUUAUUAAGUGUUUGUAUAA